AUAUUAUUUUAGAAGUCAAUUGUAUAUCUUACCGGUCGGUAGUAAAUUGUGAUUUCGUAUAACGCUUUUUAGGGCGUAUUGUAGUGAUAUUUUACAGACCGGUAUAAAAACCACCGCGCGUACAUAAAUGUAGUUUAUAUAGUACAGGGAAAGUAGGUAGUUAGUACUCUCGAAUUGUGUCUUGUAACUCUGGAAGAUGGGUGCUCAUGUGUCUAGAAACGAUUUCGAGUGGGUUCUCACGGAGGAGCCGCAUGCGUCUCGCCGGAAAAUCAUCUUAGAGAAAUAUCCAGAGAUCAAGAAGCUCUACGGCUACGACCCAAUGUUCAAAUGGGUGGUAUUGCUGAUGGUGCUAACGCAGUUCGCAAUGCUGCCAAUAGUCCAGCAUAUGAGCUGGCCAGUGCUUCUGGUAGUUGCUUACUGCUUCGGCGGAGUUAUUAACCACUCUCUUAUGUUGGCAAUCCACGAAAUUGCGCACAACUUAGCGUUCGGGCACAAUCGGCCGCUGCACAACCGUCUGUUCGGCUUCUUCGCGAACCUGCCCAUCGGUAUACCUAUCUCUAUCAGCUUCAAGAAGUACCACUUGGAACACCAUAGAUACCAGGGCGACGAGGUGAUAGACGUCGAUCUUCCCACGUUGGUGGAAGCGAAGCUGUUCUGUACAACGGGCGGCAAGCUUGUAUGGUUGAUACUGCAGCCGUUGUUCUACUCACUUCGACCGCUCGUGGUUAGGCCGAAGCCACCUAAUCCUUUGGAGGUCGUUAAUCUCAUCAUACAACUGUUCUUUGAUGCAAUAGUUGUAAAGCUUUUUGGUUGGAAGGUACUUGGUUACCUACUUUUUGGGUCUUUUCUAUCUAUGGGAGUUCAUCCUGUAGCAGGCCAUUUCAUAUCCGAGCACUACAUGUUCCGGAAAGGCUUCGAAACAUACUCCUACUACGGGCCGCUUAAUUGGAUCACCUUCAACGUGGGAUACCACAACGAGCAUCACGAUUUCCCCGCAGUACCCGGGAGUCGACUUCCAGAGGUGAGACGCAUAGCCCCAGAGUUCUACGACAAUCUGCCCCAGCACCACAGUUGGUCGUCUGUUUUGUACGACUUCGUAAUGGAUCCCGAAAUAGGGCCAUACGCUAGGAUUAAACGCAAACACGCUGGGUUGAAAACUUAAGAAAAUAGUAUCCCGGGCACACCUUCAGCUUCUUCAUCACGCUACGCGACGCAUGUUGAGACAAAUCAAAUCGGCACAAGUUAAUUAUUGAUAGAACAGAGACGGAGAAUGAGCCUUUUGUGUCCUACUACGUACUUGAAGUGUCCGUUCUUUUUUAUGUUUUUCUAAACUUUAUGUGGCAUACAAAUAAAGAAAUAAAUCAAUAAAUAAUGCGUUUUAAAUGCAUUUAUAUUUAUUACAUUUUAUGUAAACUCGUUGCAAUUUUGUCUGUAUAUCGGUAUACUACAAGACGUAUAUCAGAGAGCGCUCACUUACUUUAACCUUGAUAUAUAAGGCUAUUGUCGUUUCCAGCGCAUGUGCAUUAAACCCUAAAAAAAAAUUCGAUAUGAUUUGACUCAACAAACAUUGCGUCGCGUGGCCAUGGCGUGGGAUUGUUCCGGCUGUAAACUUAUUGCACUUCACACUACGCACCGCAAGCAACGAAUAGUCCGUACUGGCAUACAGUGGCGUGCAUAGGAUUUUUGACCAGGGUACGCAUAAAGAAGGUUAAUGGCAUAAAAUCCUGCCCUUUUAUGAGUUACACAAUUUUUUUAGGGUAGGCAGCGCUUUUGUACAUGUAUGAUGUGCACGUCACUGCUAACAUAUAUAUAAUGACGUCAUUCAGCAAAUGCCUAUAACAGUGUGCCCCUAAUCACCACCCUUGGCAGUGGUUUAGUUUAUUAGGGCGCUGCUGACCGUUCUCCGUUCCAAUCCCUUAAUCGCCUCGUGCGACGUCCGCGGGGAGAGGUUAAUGACGUCAUUCGUAAACUGCAGAUGACGCAUUGCAAUCUGCAGUGUCAACAAUACCUUGUUCCCAUAUUUAAGAUUCAGCGUUUUUAUAAUAUACAUAUUGAUCCGGUGAUCUUCGUACCAACUAAAGAACGUAGAUAUGAAAACAUCGGAAAUUAUAUGUUUUACUGUCUUUAGAUUGUGCCACAAUAAAAAUAAAAUUCAAAAUGUUGAGUAUCCCAAUUCAAUAUGUUCCUAUAUUUCAAAAAGCCUUGGAAAAUAAUAGAGGACGCCUCAUUUGCGCGCGCGGGUAGACGAGGGGUGGUGACAACUGUAUGUAUCGUCCCUCUUCACCCGGCAUUUAUUUCCCUAGAUCAUAUGAUCUAAUUAAAAAAAAAUAGAACACUACUAUAAAUACCUACGUUGCUUGCGGCGCACGCUAUAUGUGCGAUCACUAUUAUAAUAUUGUAUUUCGUAUGACUUUAACUUUGGGAUCUGAAAUUGGAGAUCCUGUUUAGGGAGGAGUUGAAUGUAAGUUACAUUAUUUUUUAUUAAGAAUUAUAUUUUGUUUUUUAAUUUUAAAGUGGUGAAACAUCUCUUCCACACAAAUCUCUAAACGAAACCAAAUUGGCAAGUCAAGUAGUGCAUUCCCUUCAUUGUUUUCCUUCCGGAUAAGGAUACUACUAUUUUUACACUUGUCAGUUUAGUUUUGUUUAGACAUUUGUGUAAAACAGAAUUUGCUCCAUAUAACCUAGGUUACAGUAUAGAUUUUUUCUAAAUGGUAUAUUACUAUGGUAUUUUUUAUAUAAAAUUUAAAAUUGGUUUCAUUUAUAAUAGUUAAAAUCUUAAUACAAUACAAAAAAAAGCAAAUCAGAGAAAAUAUAAAACAUUUAAAAUACUGAAUUUAUGUACUAUAUUGUUUUGUCUACUAAUGUAUAAAAACACUUAUUUACGGGUAAAUGAAUAUUAAUUAUUUGAAGGGUAAUAGAAGCAAAAGUUAGACAGUCAGACUCAAUUUUGUUAGUAAUUUUUCUUCAGUCACAAGUACUUUAGGUUAUUGCCUCAGGACCUCGUGCCCAUAUCGGUCUUGGUGGAGAAAGUUCUGUUGAACUCAGAACAUAGCAAGCUUUUUUUCUCUCCCCUCGCUCAAGUUAUAGAAACACCCCGUUUAUCUAACUCAAAAUUUUUGGUUUUUUUUUUUUAAAUUAAUUCAGCGGAAGGCUGAUGAUGUCUACAUAUUAGCUACUUUAAACAUUUGAUAUAUUAUAUAUAAGCGUUAUUUAAAACUGCGAUAUAUAUACCGGUUUGCUAGUAUACCGGCAAUCGAUAUUUUAACCGGCCGCUUACCAAAAGUUACGGGAAAUUAAAAACCGUUUCUAAGCCCUGUGUUUUAAUAUGUUUACUGUGGAACACAUAAGGCAUUUGGAGUUAGUUUACGAAUUUGGUCUUCACGCGGAAAACGACUAUACUCAACUUUAAAUAAGUGUCUAAGUACGCAAGUUUAAAGUGUUUUUUUUUUGUUUAAAAACGAUUGCACACACUCAUUUUAUACAAAGUAAACACAUUUACUGAAAAAACUUAGAAUAGAAAAUAGGCGGUCUUAUCGCUAAAGCGAAGGUGUGUUAACCCUAUAACCAAAAAAAACAGAAAAAAGUGUUAAAUUUUAUUUAUUACCAACACAGUUAACGACAUAACUCAUAUCUGGAUUUCAUGUGAAAUUCCUUGAUUUAUUAUUACCCUUCAUACUAUAAAUGUUUAAUCCAAAUGGAUAUAAUCGUAAAGUAUUAUAUGCUUUUAGUAUAUAUGUAUAAAGAGGUGAGUCCCAAAAAGUAGUCUUAAAUGUUACAUGUACCUACCCUUGCUACGAAAUUGCUCAGCUCGAAACAUUAGUCGGUUUCGGCAAGUAUUGGAUAGAAGCACAGGUUACUUUGCGGAAUUCCACGAUAUACAAUGCGAGCUAAAUUUGUUAUACUCCGCGAAAUAAAGGAAAAUCUGUUACGGUGUAAGUAAUAAUUGCUUUAUCCUCCACACCACUAAAAUGGUUAACAAUAAUUCUCUGAUGUUAGAUGCUUUUGUGUUAGAGAAAACAAAACGUGCGUAGGGAGUACAUUGCCGCAGAUCUGUUUCUUGUGGAGUAUAAAGAUUGCAGAAGUUAUAAAUAACUCGAGUUUACAGAUAAAUGGUCAUUAAAAUCCGUGUCAUACUUUUUACCACGUUUUUGACGACCUCCCUGGCGUAACGGUGAGCGCUGUGAAUUUUAAAUUUCCGGUGCAAUGUCGCGUAGAUACCGAUAAGGGUCAUACCCAUACUCCCUAACAGGUUAGCCCGCUACCACCUUAGACUGCAUCACUCACAACCAGGUGAGAUUGCAGUCAAGGGCUAAGGUGAAGUGGAAUAAAAAAAAAUAAAAAACCGCCGAUUUUUUUAUCACAUAGUUUUCACUAGCUGUAGAUGUAUGCAGAAUUAAUGCAUCGAAUUCCGUACUGAGGGUAGUCCGUUUAAUUGUUUACUAUGUAAUUAUUUAUUGAGACAGAUUGUUUAGUUUACAAAAUAUUGACUAAAUUAGAUAGUUAGACUAAAAGUCAAGCCCUUCUUCUAUAAAAGGGACACCAGUCUAUUUAUUAUAGUUUAGUUAAUGUUUUACCCUAAGAUUAUUGGUAUCAAAUGAAUUUUGAUAUUGUCAGUUUAAAUUUUAGUUAAUGUUUGUAAAGCGGUAACGAAAGUAUUCAUGUGUUGGUUUUUCGAGUAUUUUAUUCGUUAAAAUAAUUGCAUUUAAUGCAGGGGUGAUAACUAGAUAUUAUUAAUUUUUAAUAAUAUUGACCUUUUCUCUUUUUUUUUACAUUAAAUUAAGCCCUUAGGUAACGAUAUCGGUGUGAUUGACAAAAUUAUUUUGCGCUGUUUAUAAAAAAAUUGUUAAAAUUAUGUAUGUCAAUAUUUCACAAGUUUACUUGAUAACUCACACUAGGGGCAUUGUAAGAUGAACUUUUCAGGAAGUGCCGUCAAAAAGCAUUUAAUUUUUCUAUUGAAUGUACAAAGAUGUUUUAUAAAAUAUACUCAGUAAUAUAUAAACACAUAAUACAUACAUAUAUAUGGAAAUAAUUUAUUCGAAAAAUUGUUAUGGAUUUAUAUAACAACCAACUAUCCGAAUACUGAAAGCCACUUGUUUAAAUGCACUUAAAAUAAUUGAAAAUAAGUAGAAGAGAGAUGUUUUGCAGACUUCUCAUCAUCACAGAGUUUUAUGUGAAAUGUUCACAAAAUUAGGUUGAAAUCUAUUUUUUAAUGUGUAUAAUGUAAUUACUAGAUUCUAGGAGAUUGAUAAACUUCCAUAAAUUUUUAGAGGUCACCAUAGCAUAUGACAGGUUAAUGUUUAAUGUAACACCAACUUGUAAACUGAGUAUUACAAACGAUUAGUCUUUUGCUGACAUCUAUAAGGCUUUAAUUUUGCUUACGAAAAAUUAGCAUAGCGGUGAGUUCUGUGGUUUUAAGUUGAAGGUCCCGGGUUCCAACUCCGGCAAGGGCAAUUUUGGAGUUUUUCCGGUACGGUAUGGGUUUUAUAUAACUGUCAUACCCCUAUCAGGUUAGCCCACUACAAUCUAAGAAUGCAUCGUUACUUUUCAUAACCCAACCUACCAGAUGUUAAAUGUCUGAGAGACUCAUAUUCCUUAAAAAAAAAGUUAUAUAAAACCGGCCGCACAUAAUUGAUGAGCGAGAUAUUGUUAAAAUACUAUACGAAACUUUUCUGUAAAAAUACUAUACGGUUUGUCUCCGAACGUGCAUUUUAUAAGUUAUUUUGAUAUUUCUCACUUUGAGUGGAAAGCAUAUACUUUUGUCACUACUAUCAUUAGCAAUGGACUUUGCAGUCCUAUUAUAUUCAUCGUUUGAAGUUAUCGCUGUUAAAAAAAACCAUUCAUAUUGUUUAUGGACAAUAAUCGCAUAUCAGUUAUGUCGCCGAUAAAGUAGCAUCGAAAACUACAGUUAAUGUCUUAGGACGUCUUCCUUACACAUGUUAUUUCACCGAUCACUAACGUGAAUAGUUUCAAGGGAUAAUUGUAUCUGGAGAUCGAUCUGACUGUUGCUUAUAUCUUAAUUUCAGUCGUUAGAUGGUAAUAAUCCACGGAGUACAAAUAAAACAUAGUUUUUUGGUUUUAUCUAACUUAUAGAAGAAGUAUUUCUAAAAGAUCUGGUUUCGUGUUUGAUUUGUACUUCAGUGUGGACACGAGACAAGGUCACAUACAGGAUGUAUCGGCGUAAUGUACAAAGCUAUACGUUUGUAUAUGUAUAAAUAUAAUGUUUUAAUAAACUGUUUAAAAAUUA